AUGUCCGGCCUCAUGUACGCCGGCACCAACAUCGGCGGCUCGGGUGCGGGCGACAAGGAGAAGCCCGAUCUCGGUCUCGACAAUGUCGCCGAGUCUAGCUUCUGCAGCUACUUCCGCGGCAUGCCCAAGCCCGCUGCCGGCACCGUUCGCCUGUUUGACCGCAACGACUUCUACUCGGCGCACGGCAGCGACGCCAUCCUCAUCGCCGACGUCGUCUUCAAGACGCACUCGGCGCUCAAGUACCUGGGCGGCGGCGGCAAGGACAAGGGGCUGCCCUCGAUCACGCUCAGCACGUCGGCCGCCAAAAACUUCCUCCGCGAUGCCCUCACCGCCCGCCAGAUGCGCGUCGAGAUCUGGUCCAAUGGCGGCGGCAAGCGCAACAACCAGUGGACGCUCGCCAAGCAGGCGUCGCCCGGCAACCUCCAGCAGCUCGAGGACAUGCUCUUUGUCAAUGCCGACAUCGUCAGCUCGCCCAUCGUCAUGGCGCUCAAGCUCACCACCCAGGACGGCGUCCGCACCGUCGGCGCUGCCUUUGCCGACGCCACCAACCGCGACCUCGGCGUGGCCGAGUUUCCGGAAAACGACCUGUUCAGCAACGUCGAGUCGCUCCUCAUCCAGCUCGGCGUCAAGGAGUGUAUCGUUCCGCGCGACGACAAGGGCGGCGACGUCGACCUUGCCAAGCUGCGCACCGUCAUCGACCGGUGCGGCUGCGUCAUGUUCGAGACCAAGCGCGCCGAAUUUGCGCCCAAGAACAUCGACCAGGACCUGCGCCGCCUGCUCAAGGACGAGGCCGCCAGCAUCUCGAUCGCCGAGCUCGACCUCGCGGCGGCCAUGGGCUCGGCCACCGCCCUCAUCGCCUACCUCGGCCUCCUCAACGACGAGUCCAACUUUGGCCAGUACACGCUGCGCACCCACGACCUCUCGCAGUAUCUCCGGCUCGACAAUGCGGCGCUGCGUGCGCUCAACCUCUUCCCCGAGCCAGGCCAGUCCGCCAACGGCGGCAACAAGAACGCCAGCAUCUUUGGCCUGCUGAACCGCUGCAAGACGGGCCAGGGCCAGCGGCUGCUCGGCCAGUGGCUCAAGCAGCCGCUCGUCAACGUCCACGCCAUCGAGGAGCGCCAGAACCUGGUCGAGGUGUUUGUGCACGACGUGUCGACGAGGCAGAUUGUGCAAAACGACUUCCUCAAGAUGAUCCCGGACAUGCACCGGAUCAGCAAGCGCUUCCAGAAGGGCGUGGCCACGCUCGAGGACGUGGUGCGCGUCUACCAGGCGGUCCUGCGCCUGCCCGGCCUGAUCCAGGCGCUCGACGACGCUGAGACGCCGAGCCAGGUGCACAAGGACCUGGUCGCGUCGACCUUCCUGGAGCCGCUCCGCGCACACGACGAGGCGCUGGCGAAGCUGACGGAGCUGGUCGAGGCGACGGUCGACCUCGACGAGCUGGCGUCGCACAACUUUGUCAUCAAGCCCGACUUCGAUGCGGGCCUGAAGCAGAUCAAGGAGGCGCUCGACGACGUGCGCGACAAGCUCGACGACCAGCACCGCGCGGCGGGCAAGGAGCUCAAGAUGGACAUUGAAAAGAAGCUGCACCUCGAGAACCACUCGUCGUACGGCUACUGCUUCCGCGUCACGCGCACCGACGCCAGCCUGGUGCGCAACAAGAAGGGCUACCACGACAUUGCCACGGUCAAGGGCGGCCUCUUUUUCACCAACGGCGCGCUGCGCGAGCUGAGCACCGAGUUCCGCGACCUCUCGGAGCGCUACAACCGUUCGCAGAGCGGGCUGGUGCGCGAGGUCAUCCAGAUCGCAUCGACCUACUGCCCGCCGCUGGAGCAGCUCAACGUCGUCGUGGCGCAGCUCGACGUAAUCGUCAGCUUCGCCCACGUCUCGGACAACGCGCCCGUGCCCUACGUCAAGCCCAAGGUCGAGGAGAAGGGCAAGUCGGCCGACCUGCGCAUCCACGAGGCGCGCCACCCGUGCCUCGAGGUGCAGGACGACAUCAACUUCAUCCCAAACGACACCGAGAUGGUCAAGGGCGAGUCCGAGUUCCUCGUCAUCACGGGACCCAACAUGGGCGGCAAGUCGACAUUUAUCCGGCAGGUGGGCAUCGUCGCGCUGCUGGCGCAGGUGGGCUGCUUUGUGCCGGCGGCCGAGGGGGCGACGGUGCCCGUGUUUGACUGCAUCCUGGCCAGGGUCGGGGCGGGCGACAGCCAGCUCAAGGGCGUCAGCACGUUUAUGGCCGAGAUGCUCGAGACGGCCACCAUCCUCAAGACGGCGACGGCCGACUCGCUCAUCAUCAUCGACGAGCUCGGGCGCGGCACGUCGACGUACGACGGAUUCGGCCUGGCCUGGGCCAUCUCGGAGUGGAUCACGACGCGCAUCGGGUGCAAGUGCCUGUUCGCUACCCACUUCCACGAGCUCACCAACCUGGCCAACCAGCAGCCCCACGUCCGCAACCUCCACGUCGUCGCCCACAUCACCCAGCGCCCCGGCGGCUCCAGGCAGGACCGCGACAUCACCCUGCUCUACAAGGUCGAGCCGGGCAUCAGCGACCAAAGCCUGGGUAUCAACGUGGCCGAGCUGGCCAACUUCCCGCCCUCGGUCAUCCAGCUGGCCAAGCGCAAGGCCGAGGAGCUCGAGGAGCCCGAAGACGACGAGCCGACCACGCUGAGCAUGGCCGAGGAUGUGACCGCCGAAGGGACCGCGCUGAUCGAGGAGUUUAUGGAGACGUGGGCGGCGCGAUCCGAGGCGCUCGCUGCGGACGACGAUGCCAUGGACGAGAGCGAGGGCGGCGGCGGCGGUGCCGAGGGAUCCGCCAGCAAGAAGCGCCGCGUCGAUGCAGAGGCCCAGCUCCGGGAGCUUCGCAAGUGCGUUGAAGAGUUCCGACCUCGCAUCCAGGCCAACGCCUGGGCGAGCAAGGUGCUCGAGAGCUUCUGA